AUGUUAUCUCACGAUGAACAGCCUCUUGCAGCUCAGUAUACUCUUGGCGUUUUCGUUGCAGGCCCCGGGAUCAAAUCACACGGACCUGUUGACGGGAUCUCGUUUCUUUGCAAAGUCGCCAUUUACGAUUGUGGCCGCAUGAUGCAGACUUCAGAAAUACGAGUGUUACCCACUGUAGUCGGCGCGGGCUUCAUAACCAGCGCAUUCUCUGCAGGUAACUCCCUCCUAUUUUGCUCUUCACGUAUCCUCUAUGAUCUAGCAUUUCAUAACCAAGCACCCCAGUUCCUCCUCUCUCGCUAUCUGUACGAAGAAAGGCGUGCCUAUUGUAGCAGUUCUCUGUUCGGUAAGAAUAAACGCUUGGCUAGUCCUAAGUACCACGGACGCUGA